GAUGACGUGGCGCUGCCGGAGCCGCUCGGUGGCGCGCGCCUGCUGAGGCCGAGCCAGAGCCGGAGCCAGGAGCGCAGCGGCCGAUCUCGUAGCUUAGCGCCGCCGAUAUGCCGCUCUGGACCGUGUCUCUGCUGUUGGCGUGUAUUAGUCUUAACGUGCUGCGCGGUCGAGCAGAUGAACACGACCACACGUACGAAGAUAAAGAAGAAGUCGUCUUAUGGAUGAAUACUGUUGGGCCCUACCAUAACCGGCAAGAGACAUACAAAUACUUUUCCCUACCCUUCUGUGCAGGGAAGAAAAAGACUAUUAACCAUUACCAUGAAACAUUGGGAGAAGCUCUUCAAGGAGUAGAGUUGGAGUUUAGUGGUCUUGACAUCAAAUUUAAAGAUGAUGUCAUGCAAAGUACUUACUGUGAAAUUGAGCUGGAUAAACAAAAGCGAGAUGCCUUUAUUUAUGCCAUAAAGAACCACUACUGGUACCAGAUGUACAUUGAUGAUUUGCCAAUUUGGGGGAUUGUAGGUGAAGCAGAUGAAAAUGGAGAAGACCAUUACCUCUGGACCUACAAAAAACUUGAGAUAGGUUACAAUGGCAAUCGAAUUGUAGAUGUCAACUUAACCAGUGAAGGAAAGGUCAAGUUGGUGGCCAAUACAAAAAUUCCAAUGUCUUAUUCGAUGAAAUGGAAGAAAUCUGAUGUGAAGUUUGAAGACCGAUUUGAUAAAUAUCUUGAUCCAUCCUUUUUUCAACACAGGAUUCACUGGUUUUCUAUCUUCAAUUCCUUCAUGAUGGUUAUUUUCUUGGUUGGAUUGGUUUCCAUGAUUUUAAUGCGUACAUUGCGAAAGGAUUAUGCUCGGUACAGUAAGGAAGAAGAAAUGGAUGAUAUGGACAGAGAUCUGGGAGAUGAAUAUGGAUGGAAACAAGUUCAUGGGGACGUAUUCAGGCCAUCUAGUCAUCCAUUAGUAUUUUCAUCGCUGAUAGGGUCUGGUUGCCAGAUUUUUUUUGUGUCCCUUAUUGUCAUCAUUGUGGCAAUGAUAGAAGACUUGUACACAGAGAGAGGAUCCAUGCUAAGUACAGCGAUAUUUGUGUUUGCUGCAACAUCGCCACUGAAUGGCUAUUUUGGAGGGAGUCUGUAUGCUCGACAAGGAGGCAGAAGAUGGAUAAAACAAAUGUUCAUUGGGGCUUUUCUGAUCCCAGCUAUGGUGUGUGGAACUGCAUUCUUCAUAAACUUCAUUGCGAUCUAUUAUCAUGCAUCCAGGGCUAUUCCUUUUGGAACAAUGGUUGCCGUUUGCUGCAUAUGUUUUUUUGUCAUCCUCCCACUAAACUUAGUGGGGACUAUUCUUGGCAGAAACAUGUCAGGACAGCCCAACUUCCCUUGCCGUGUAAAUGCAGUACCACGUCCAAUUCCAGAGAAGAAAUGGUUCAUGGAGCCAGCUGUUAUUGUAUGUCUUGGUGGAAUCCUACCAUUUGGUUCCAUUUUUAUUGAGAUGUACUUCAUCUUCACUUCUUUUUGGGCUUACAAGAUAUAUUAUGUCUACGGUUUCAUGAUGCUUGUUCUGGUUAUUCUCUGCAUAGUCACAGUCUGUGUUACCAUUGUCUGCACUUAUUUUCUGCUAAAUGCUGAAGACUACAGGUGGCAAUGGACAAGUUUUCUUUCAGCAGCGUCUACUGCAGUCUAUGUUUACAUGUACUCCUUCUACUACUACUUCUUCAAAACAAAGAUGUAUGGACUGUUUCAGACAGCAUUCUACUUUGGGUACAUGGCAGUAUUCAGCACUGCACUUGGGAUCAUGUGUGGUGCUGUCGGUUAUAUGGGAACAAGUGCCUUUGUCAGAAAGAUCUACACUAAUGUGAAAAUUGACUAAGAAAGGCCAGACCAGGGGAGCUGAGGAUCAUUUAUUUUGUUUGUUAAACUGGAACUUGCACAGUUUAAACUGCAAGGAGACAUUGGGUUAACUCUGGGUAAAAUGUGGGUUCCAUUCAUGGAAGUUUAAGGCAACAUCUGUUUCCCUUGAUCCUGAGUUCAUUGACUGCUUUAACCAACUCUUCAAUAAAAGCUUGGAUUAUAUGCAGUAAGCAUUACCACAACACAGUGCUAAUCUUCCCACACAAACAUAGCUCAUUAAAGAAGAAUAGACUAGCUCUCUUCAGUGAAGAGGACAAAGUUUAUUUAAAAUUAUUUGUUCCAUUGUAAAGGAGGGAAAAAUUUGACUACUUAAAAUUAUUUGAGCCUCUGUUCUGAGAUGGUUAGCUUUCUGAACCAAAUAGAAAGGUAACUUCUGAAAAGUUGUGGAUCCUAGAUUUUGUGAACCUUACUCAAAAUCUUGCUGUUUUUGUAUUUUAUCAAUGUUGGGAACUUGCUGCAUUUAUUUUAAUUUGUGUAAAUUUGAAGGUUUAUGUAUACAGUAAUAGAGUGCACAUCAGUCAUGAAUAUAAUUGGACCAACUCAACUUCUAUACUAUAUGAAACAUAAUUAAUUCUCGACUUCAGUCCAUCCAAAGAGUGAAGACUAAGGACAGAGGUGAUCAUCUGCACUGAAAUUCACGGUAGUUAGUGUAUAAGAAAUGAUUACGCUGUUAGGAAGGCUGGUGAUCUGUUGGUGUUUUAUUAGACAGGUCUAAAUAAAAUAUAAUUGGGCGUGUAAACUAAUCUUUUCAUUUUGUUUUCCUCCUCUCCAAGAGUUAGUCUUGCGGCUUAGUCUUGUUUUAUGUUGCGGUGGGAAUGAAGGCUUACUUAAGGUAAUAUGAAAGGGGGUAAUAAAUGUAUAUAACCUUAUAAUGUAACUUUAGACGUAGAACCCAGAUUUAUUUGGAUGUACAGAUUUAUUACAUAGUACUUUUUCUGAUAACAAAUUAAUUUGGUGUAUAAAUGUGUGACAAUUUUUGGGUGGCUUUUUACAUCUUGCCUGCCAUUGCAUGAAGAUGGUACCUCCAUUAUAGGUGUGGAUGUUACUCUUGACUCCUUUAGUAUUUUUCCAAUUCUGUCUCUGAAGGCUCAACAAAAUUGUAAUUUAGAAUCUAAAAUUUUGUUAAUCCUACCUGAGCACUCAGCUCAUGCAUUGUCAGGAGCAUUACUGCUUAAAGAAAUGUUCAGGAAUAACGAAAACAAAAUAAAACUUUUCAGAUGUAAGUCUUUUUUGUUGUCCUUGAAAUGAAAUGGUUGCCGAGCAUGUAGAUUAGUAUCAAAAACUGAAACACAAUGCUGCAGUAUUGAAAUCUGAAAGAUUGGCUAGACUAGGGUUGUUGCCUUCCCAGUGAAGCUGACAGUGUAAAUAAGGUCCCAAUAUUAGCAAUAUCAUCCAUGUUUUGGAUCACCACUGUCCAUUAGUCCAGGGGUUUUGUUCCAAGUUUUGGGUCUUUAAUUUUACUCUUCGUCAGAUGGUCAAUGGAUGUGUGGAGGUAUUGAAGGUAAUGGAUGAAUUUUAUGAUUGAUGUCUACCUCCUUUACUGAGAGAUGCCUUCAUGGAUAUGACAAAUGGUCCAGGCUUUCUAGGGCCUCGUCAUGAUCUUCAUUGUUGUUCAGAUCUGUUUUUCAGUUGUACAAAUUGCAAGAUGACAUUUAUGCUUCUUAUGUUAAGUGCAAGGCCCAUCCUCUUGUAUCUUCAGUGACUGCAUCACAGCAACUUGGGACAUACCUUCAAUGCCCACUGGAGCUCCACUUCCAGAGUUGGGGUGGUGUUGUAAUUGAAGUUUGAACCAUUUGCCUUUUGUCCUGUCGCCUUUUUUCACAAAAUCGUUAGGUAUAAGGUGCAGCAUUGUGGCAAGGAAGAUAGAUUGAUGUGGGGUAAUGGUGUGCCUAGCCUGAUGUCAGUUUGCACUGAGAUUAGCUCUAUUUUAGAUACAUUAGUUAAGAUCAUCACGUGCAGCCCAUCUUGACGUUGGCAUAAGACAGAGGUGAAUUUCUGUGAGCUAGAUUUGAGAAUGGUGCUCCAUUGAAUGAUUCAGCUGAGUUACAACCUUAAGACAACAUUACAUACAAUGAUGUUACUCUCUGCAUUUUUCUUUGAAGUUGUUGAACAGCGAUCAUAUCCACUGUGCCUCUCGAUCAGGAGUUCCCAGCCUGGGUUCCACAGGCCUCUUGUUUAAUGGUAUUGGCCCAUGGUAUAAAAAAAAGUUUGUGGAUUCCUGCUCUAGGUGGAAGGAAUUCACGCUGGUUAAGGGAACAGCUCUACAACCAUCGAGGGAAAGUGAACAAGAACCCUGGCAAUGAUUUUCCUUCUGGUAGAUAGUAGGAAGUUCCUCUGUCGUUUCUGCAGUUCAGGAGCUAAUUCAUUAUAAAUACAAAGCAUUCCUGGUUUGGAAGAAUCACUACGCCUUUUGGAAAGAGACACUUGAAGGCAGAGAUCCACCGGAAAACCUAUGAGCCAAAGGACCUAGUGGGUGAGAAGAAUGCAGGAUGUUUACCAUGAAUUAAAUUGAUUCUUCAUUUGUGUCCUGUUUGUCCACAGCCGGAAAUCCUCAACAUCCCACUAACUGAGAGCGAAGAAUGGUGUGAGUUAAUCAAGAACAGAGAAGUGGUCAGCAUCCACUAGAAUGGAUACUUUGAGUGCCUCUACAAUAGUCACUUGAGCACCCUUGACUCCAUCCCAAAACAAGCUAUGCAAUCGUGCUCACCAACAAGAUCAAAACAGCCACAUGCUCAAUGAAAAACAAGAUCUUGGGAGCAGAUGGUAUCCCUGUUGAACUAAUUAAGCACGGUGGAAAGGAAUUUCAGUCACAAAUUCCCCAUGUCUAUGAAGACGGCAGAUGGUCUCCCAAGACAGCACUUCAGAUGUUGUAACUAUGUAUUAUGGAUCUGAAAACAAACAGUUAGGUAAUUCCUUAACCAAUUGACUUAAAAAAAAAAAUCCUUUGGCCUAGGGACCCUGUUCAAGGGUGGUUGUAAGGGAUCAAUGGUACUGCUUUGAAUAAGAGCUCAGGGAAGUUAUUAAGGUUCAAGGUUCAUUUUAUUGUCAAAGUAUGCAUGUACAACACAACUUUAAUACUUGUCUUCUCCAGAAAACCAUUUAAUACACAUUAAAAAGUAAAAGAAACAAAACUCGCAAACCCCGGAAUCCCCCAGCCCCUCCCCCACAGAAAAAAACAGAACAACCAUAACAAUCCCCGACAUCCUCUCCCACAGGAAAAACCACAAUACAAUCCUCGAUCCCCUUGCUCGCAGAAAAAAAGAUAGCAACCAACCCCUCCACCACACAGAAAAAAACAACCAACCCCUCACUUGCAAAUAAAAAUAGUGACAGUGGCAUCAAAAUACCCCUACCACACACAGAGAAGUUACAGAUCACUCAUCCCAUCCACCAAUAGGGCACAAGAAACAAGACACCGAGAAACUGAAGGAAACCAAGGUAUAGGCCAAUCUCGAAUAUUUCAGAACAUUGAACUGUCCUUCUGUGACUCAGAUCACAUGCCUGUCCAAAUGGUGGCUCCGUUGGGAGUGAUCGCUGACCAGGUCCGAAUGCCUUCAGCUCGAUGCUUCAUUCUUCCUCACUGCUCCAAGAUGGAGUCAUCCAUGACCUCGUGUCCCAUCUUUAUUUUUUCCAUGAGUUAGCUUGUGUUCUCGGUCCUUUUCAGGCCCUCGUCUCUGAUCUCCACGAGGCAGCUCUCUGGGCAUAGCAUAGUGCUGGAUCUUUCGAUGGAGAUCCAAACUGUACAUCGUAGGCACCAACAGUUUCUGUAACACAAGCAAUACAAAAAGAACAAGCAGAAGGCGUAAAAAAAAAAGUGAAAUAAUUUAAAUGAUUUUCUAUCUGGAAGAUGUCACCAGAGGAAUUAUUGUUCACUGGUGUCAUCUUGAUUGUCAGUAAACCAAAAUACUAUAUAUACUACAAACCGGAUUGGGGGGAGGGGUAUGGGGGAACUGGAAGUUUAAAGUAAAACACACAAAAUGCUGGAAGAACUCAGCAGGUCCGGCAGCAUGUACGGAAAUGAAUAAACAGUCACCAUUUCGGGCCGAGACCCUUCAUCGAUGUUUAAAGUACUCAGUACAUGGGGUCAGAACAGCUGCUGUCUCAUAAGCUCUAGGACCUGGACUCAGGUACCAUCUAUGUGGAGUUUGCAUGUUCUUUCUGUGACUUCGGAUUGGAAGGUUAAUUGGCCUCUGAAAAUUGCCUCUGUUGUGGUGUUGAGUCAUGAAAUCUGAAGGGGGGGUGGAUUUUCAUGGAAAGUGAGCUUAAUAAAGUAAACAUGUGCUUAGUGGUCAGCCUGGAGUUGAUGGACAAAGUGUCCGUUUCCGUGCUGUAUCACUGAGAGAAGCCAUUAACAUUUCAUGCAGUGUCAUGGUAUUAGUGGUGACUAAAUACUGGGUGUUGGAGUGGGCAGAUGUGUGGCAGCAGACUGCAUAUGAUACUGAAAUUUUUUUUCAAGGCGCAGCGAAAAUGCUCAGCAGGUCAGGCUGCAUCUGUAGGAAAUAACAGAAUUAGCAUUUCAGGCUGAAGACAGAACUCAGUCAGAACUCAUGGCAUUAAAAGAUGAGAGAGCAUGAAUUGGGCUGGAUUGGUUAGAAGCAGAGGCAUUACCUUUGAAACUUCCCAAUCCAUUGCAACUUUUCUCAGCUUAUCUCUUGAUGCUUCUACCAGCUGAUUCCAGUUGUAUUGAAAGUAAAAUGUAUGUCUCAACUUGAGCCUGGUAAUAGCCUUUUGAAUCUACACCAUUUCUGUUGCCUUUACAUUGUUAAACAAUUUGAAGUACGUUUAACUGUUGAAAUUUCCUGUUGUAUUCUUGGUUUCACUUUUGUGCCUCUAGUCUAAAACUCUCUUGAUAUUAUAAAAUCACAUACUGUUUAUUGUGACAAUGAGCUACAGAUAUAUUAUUUUUAUGUAGUACAUAUGGAACCAUUUUAAUUUUGGAUUGUUGCUAUGUUUAAGCAGCAUCUGUUGUAUAUUUGUGUAAAAAAACAAAAGGUAAAUCAGAGGGCAAAUGAACCCCUGAUUCUCAUGGAAAUUAUUGAUUUGUGCAUCACUGCAUCCUGAUGAUGCCUGAACUGAGGUGGCAUUUUAGACUUAACCACAUUAUUUGUAGAGAAAUAUAUACUGUAUUCCUUUAAGGUACAAAAACCCAAUAGGAAAAGUGGUUUGUCCAUGGCUGAUGGGAGCGUAAUUAAGUACUUAAUUAAAUAUUUAUUGAAGAAAUAGUGGUAGGCAUUAGGGGCAUGUAGAAUGGCAGUGCCAUUGCUCUUUUUCAACAGCCAUCUCUGGGGUGUAAAUUAAAAAAUUCACGACACAUGCCAGUGAUAAUAAACCUGAUUCUGAUUCUCAACUCAAACC